GAACAUUAAUCCACCGCGAACAUUUCUGCAUUUACAGUAUAUGGUACGUUAACGUUGUUGCAAUAAACGAGGAAUGAUGAAACUGUGAACUUUGUAACGUUAGAUGUGAUGAAAUUUUGAUUCGAUGAAGUAAUUAAUUACAUAUAGUACGUCAACGGUAUAGCUUUCCUACGUUUUUGGUUUAUCUGAGUUUCUACGACAAUGGUGUAAAGAAUACAAUUGAUACAGGCUUUCGGAGACAGCACGUCUCAUUUGUUUAAUGUGUUUUGCAUAUUUGGGACCUUACCUUAUCGAUAUACUCAACAACUCAAAGUGCUAGCGUCGUCAAUAGGCUUCUGGAUGUAAACAGAGGUAUUUUGUAAGUAAAUAUUGUAAGCUUUGUCAUGUUUAAGUUAGGUAUGUAUGAUUAUUGCUGUUCAUUUGAAAUGGCAAAGCAUACUGCAAUUCAACCGAAGUGGGCUGCCAUUGUAUACUUGUUGCUGCAUGUCGCUCAACUACGUAAUAAACCAUUUAUUCAUUCCUUGCAUAAAGAGUUUUGCUUUUGGCCGGGCGCUUUCGAGCAUACUAUACUACAUGUUGCCCGAACAAGUUAGCCUGGAGUCCAGCCUUGUUAGCUUUGGUCCGCUCCCGACAGUCACUAUCCCGCUAACACGGCGAACUGAAGAAAACAACGGCGGGAUAUCGUCACCGUCGGGAGCAGACCAAGGCUAACAAGGCCGGACUCCAGCUGGCUACGAAUAAAUACCAUUAGAUUAUCAUCAGUACAUGCGUCUGCUUUGUAAAUUGUUGAAAGGGUAAUUAGCAUAAUAGAUAUGUUGUUCCCGUGUCAAAAUUCGACAACAGUGGGAGGCAUGCAGAACUUCCUCCCCAAUGUCAUACGACCAGAACUAGCCCAUUCAACACGACAAAACAAACUAUUCAAAUCACGUAACAUUAUGUGCACACGGGGGGUCAUGUUCUGGUUUCAGUUUCGAAGGCUUAACAGAACGACUGAGAGUCCUCUAAGGAGAGGUUUAAAAACAUUUCUCUCGUCUCUCUUUGUGACCGACGGCUCUAGUGGGUCUGUACGUCUGAUCACCAGCUCGAGUCUGAUUGAAACAUUACAAAGCAGCACAGUUGUGGCUUGGUGAAGAUCGUUGCCUGUUUCGUCAAACUGACAGCAAGACUAAAUUCUGGCCAGCCGCCAACGUGUGUAUAGGACGCCCGCGUUGCUUGCAGUGUUUGACUCUCGAGCAAGGACUAAAUCAGCUUGUCAUCUCAGUGAUCCUACACAAUCUUUUAUCAACGACGUUUCUUUCCAAAUUUUGCUAGAAAGAUGUGGGCUGUGGUCAUUCUCAGUCUGUCUGCGUGGUCUCUGUUGGGAAUGCCUGUCGCGAAAGCAGACAACCCACACGGAUGUCAGGUAUGGAGUACAACGGAAGUGACAUGCGUAGAUGCCAACCUCAAAUAUGUCCCACCAGACCUGCCUGCGUCCAUUCUGCGAUUGGAUCUACAGGACAACUGGAUAAAAGAAUUCCACAAAGAGUCUUUCGGGAGUCUGAAGCGCUUGCAGUACUUGGAUUUGAGUCGGACCGGUAUUCGGUAUGUAGAAAACGGGACAUUCGCGUCGAUGAAACAUUUGCGGACUCUGAACCUAUCAAGAAAUAACCUAGGAGACUCUCAGUGGUCCAACAUUACCUCGUCUCUUCCGUCGCUACAAACUCUUAUCCUUUCGAACAAUCGUCUGCAGCACUUAAACAGGUGGUCGUUCAUGGGUAUGUACAACCUGACCUUCUUGAACCUUAGCUCUAAUGUUGGAUGGUCCAGUAAUAUUGGUUUCGAAGGGUGUGCGUUAUGUGGGCUGCAAAGACUACAAGUGCUUGACAUGUCGCACAAUAAGUUACGAACUGAAGAUCUACCCGAUAGGCUUUUUCAUCCACAGUCGGAAAUAGAGUUUCUGGAUUUAUCCGGUAAUUGGCUUCGUGAUGAUUUGUUAGAAAAGGAGGAACUCUGGUCAAGACUGACAAGACUACGAACACUGAAUGUUAGACGAAACCUCCUCUCCAUUCCUAAGUUUGCACAGUCCUUUAGAAACCUGACAUCCCUCAAUCGAAUCGACAUGUCACGCAACAACAUAGAACAGUUCUGCUUUCAACACGUGGUUCCCAUUUUGGACUUACCGAUCCAUGACUUACUUUUAAAUCACAACACGAUUUCUACAUUUGAAAAGGGAAUUCUGUUACGGCUACGGCAUUUGAAAACACUGAGUCUCAAAUCAAGUCAACCUUUACGGUCGCAAACGAUAUUAACAGAACUACAGCAUACACAGAUACAAAAGCUAGAAUGGGGAACAACAGUUCGUGGGGCCUUUGCCAUAGAUAAUACAACUUUUGGACGACUGCCAGAUUUAGAGGAACUGGACAUUCACGGGCCAGGGUUUUACCAAUUAGAAGAACCUAGUAGUGGUCCAAACGUGAGUACUGUGAGGGCACAAUUCCUACAACAUUCAAGAAACCUUACUAAACUGAACCUGGGAUGGAAUAACAUUGAUAUAAUUGAUGGCAGUGCGUUUAAAGGAUUGGGGAGAUUAGAAAGACUUGAGUUGCAAUUCAACAAUAUCGAAACUUUGCCGGCCCACGUUUUCGACCCUCUACGCUCUCUUACAUACCUAGAUUUGACCUUAAAUAAGUUACAGACCAUUUCGGCUAGGCCUUUCAACAGUCUCCUAAAUCUCCAAUGGUUAUAUCUAACCAGUAACGGUAUAAUUCAUAUCGAUAAUACAACUUUUAUACGCCUAAGGUCUCUCACCCAUCUCUACCUUAACUACAAUUCCCUCGUCACUGUCAGAAACGUUGUAGGGCCAAAUCUUAGAUAUCUCACUUUUAGAAGGAAUAGGAUUACAGAGCUUAAGGCAAAUGAAUUCUCAAGUCUGGCAAAUUUAGUCUACUUGUCUCUGGAAAGCAACGAUGUCAGCAAUAUUGAACCUGGUGCAUUCCAAGGUCUAGGAAAAUUGGAGGAACUUGAUCUAAGCGGUAACAGCAUCACUACUGUAACGAGUAAGAUGUUUCAAGGCCUCGAAAAUGUGACAGAGUUGUAUCUCAGUUCAAACGAUAUGACAAAAAUUGAACCGUAUGGUUUCUACGGUUUACGACGUUUGCCAAGGCUUCAAAUUGGUUCCUCACUUAGCGCAAUUCCGCCAUAUGCUUUUGUUGGCCUGGAUAGUUUAACUACAUUAGCCCUCAGUCAUAACAGAAUUAUCAAAGUAGAAAGGCAUGCAUUUGACGGUCUGCCUAACAUAGAGAUAUUUGCUUUGUUCAGAAACAAAAUCAGUCUCUUCGAAGAGGAGACAUUUGGGAGAGUCGUUCGACGUGCUACUCGUGUUUCGUUAGAUGAUAACCCCUUCUUCUGUGACUGUAGGCUUCUUUGGUUUGUGGAAUGGGCGAGGGAGAAUCCUAGCAAACUAGAUUUGUCAACAAAUCUGGAGUCGUACAAAUGUAAUGCGCCGCCCGAAUAUGCCGAAACAUAUUUGUCAAACUUUCACAUCAACUGUACGUCACCAGUAGAUACUGAUACAGAAUUCAGGCCUGACCCGCUACUAGCCUGUGUAUUAUCCUCUUCAGCAGUUCUGUUCUACAUGUUUGCAGUAAUCCUGGUCAGUCAUUACCAUUGGAAGAUUAAGUACUUGAUGUUCUUGCUAAGACGUAGAAAUGAGAACGAUGAAGAACCAAUGAGAGGCCGUAGGUUUGUGUACGAUGCUUUCGUAGCACACAACAGCGAGGACAUUAGGUGGGUGGUGCACGAACUCUGCCACAACUUAGAAGAUGUCGAAGACCAACCCAGAUACAAACUCUGUAUCCACCAGAGAAACUUCUUACCCGGUGCCCCCAUUGUAAACAACAUCGUCAAAGCAAUCGAAACCAGCCGGAAAACCAUCUGCGUGUUGACCAGGAGCUUCCUGCGGAGCGGCUGGUGUGAGUUCGAGCUGCAGCUGGCUCAGACUCCGGACAACUUGUUUGGCAAGGGCGGCAGUUGUCGGCUGAUCCUCGUCUUCUUGGAGAAGAUUCCGCGACCGCUGCUGAAGAAGUACAAACACUUGGAGGCCGUGAUGGACCGGGACACGUACCUGGAGUGGCCGGGGGACGCACGGGGCAGGCCGCUGUUCUGGAGACGUCUGCGAGCCGCCUUGGGGAAACCCGUGAACAAUGAACAGGCUGGGGACGGUGGCAUGAGAGACGACGAUGGACACGAACUCGUACCACUUAACAUGAUGUAAUGUAUCACUACGAUUGUACUAGUACAUGUAAUUAAAUUCACGGAACUCGAUUAAAAUUUAACCCACGAAUGAUAUUCCUCAUACAUAUCAUUCUUAUUGUAGCAUGUCUUUACGCUUGUUUCCAAAAUUUACCAUGUUAGUUACUGCAUGCUGGUGGCAAUAGUGUAAUGCAGAUGGUAUACUAAGUAUCAAGAUGAAAAAGAAUUCUGCAGUUAGUGUUUUUAAUUACUGCAAGUGUAAAUAAGACUUAUCUUACAGGCUUUGUGUGAAUUUAUCUGAGACAGAACAUUAUGAAAACUCAUAUCUUUUCCAUACUUACUGCCUGCCUUUAAAGUUAAUCAUGCCUUUAAAGACAGCGUUGUUGACAGUUAAGGAAACAAAAUACACCAUUUAAGUUUUUUUUCUUUAAGUGUUGAUUCUGUGUGAUUUUGUGUAGCUUUCUACAUUCUUUAGUAUUCUGGAUUUAUUUGCAUUUGAAACACACAAGGAUACUCAGACAUAUACCAUGAUCCCAGUCAAACUAUACUUUAUUAUGCUUCCAAGCAUGUAAGAACACAUUGUUCCAUCUUGUUGGCUCCAGCUUUACUGCAAGGUCUUCCCUAGUUCUCUAGAUAUAUACAGGAAAGUGUCCAUCAGUGAUUUCUAGGAAAUGUGAUGGAAAAAUCUGACAAGAUGACAAAAAUGGCCACGUGUUAUUCCAAGUCUCCAUGUGUAACUUUAACCAUCUUUUGAGCAAUAUUUUCACUCAAUUCCCUGGUGCGUUAUUCGAUUCCCUCCUAAAAUCUUUCUGUCCUUAGCAAAACGAUUAGUUUCUUGGACAUUCUAUGUCCAAACCGAUUUAACCUUUUUAAUACCAUAUGCUCAUUCAUACAAGAAAUCAGUAAUGGUACAUUGCAGAUCAGCUUGAAAGUGGCUAACUCAAUACUGGUAUUGUGUCAUACUCUGAAAUAUGUAUACACAUCCGUAUUUGUCUCCUAAAUCCUGCCACAUUACAAUGGCAUCUUACCUCUUUGUUAUUUGGAACACCAGUAAUAUAUUUUACACACAGAAUCACAGUUAGUACUGUAGUUGCCCUUGACAACCAGUUUUACCCUGACAAAAACACCUGAGCCAUGCACUUUACAGUAACUUUCUUAAUACUGUACCUCUGGCCAUCCACGGACCAGCAAAACAACGGCAAAUAAGGAGGCACCAUUUCCACCCAACUGUAUGUCUACACGUACUGUGUGCUGAUGUCAUCUCUUAUAAAUUGUGCUCUGUGCAUUUUUUCACAUUUUGUUCUUUUUUUUUUAUUUCCUUAGUUUUACGGGGGUACAGACAAUUCUUGAGACGAUAAACCCUUGCAAUCCAGGCUGCACACCAAUUCGCUACUCAAAAUGCUGCCUUCAUAGCUAAGAAGGCUCCGCCCCUUAGGCUUUACCAAAAAAAUGUUAGUCUUACGAUUUCCUUCCUAUGAACUACAGGCUCUGUGCAAAUUAGUGCAAAACCAACAUGGAAUAUUCCAUCAAUCCGUGUGAGACAAUUACAACUCUAAACAGCACUUUGCCAUUGCGCUACAUCUUCAGUGAUCACUCUGAAGUUACCAGCCUGUUAAAAAGCAGACACCAAG